AUGUCAUUCUCUUCAUCGUUAUUUCGUAAAGAAUUAUACAAUAGAGCCACACGCUCUUUACUGUUAUCUUCCACAAUAAGAGGAAGAAUAACAACCACACAACUACAAAGAACAUUAUCACCUUUUACAAUAGGUCAACAAGGAGCCGAUGCUUCUACCACAGGAGUUGAUCUGAAAGAAAAACAACUUGCCGAACUUAAGGAUAGUUAUCUGCGAUGUUUAGCAGAUAUGGAAAAUUUACGAGAACGUACGCGUAGAGAAGUAGAGCAGACCGCUCAAUUUGCUAUACAAAAAUUCGCCAAAGAUUUAAUUAAUACAGUUGAUGUUUUAAAUUUAGCUUUGUCUUCUGUUCCUGCUGAAGUUCGCAAUGAUACUCAAAAUAAUCCUCAUUUAGUUGGUUUAUAUACUGGGGUUUCGUUAACUGAAACUGAUUUAUUAACAACCUUAAAGAGACAUGGUGUUGAACAAGUCAAUCCUUUAGGUGAAAAAUUUGAUCCUAACAUUCAUGAAGCAGUUUAUCAAGCUAAAGUUCCUGAUAAAGAACCUGGAGUUAUUUUUGAUGUACAAAAAGUUGGUUACACCUUAUUUGGUAGAGUUAUCAGACCUCCUCAAGUGGGAGUUGUUAGAGACAAUGAAGCUUAG